UGGAGCUGAAGGUGAGUGCGGGGUAUCGCGUGCAGCCGGGACUCGAACAUGUGGAAGCUGAUGCAGCUGGCGGUCCGCCGGGCGGGGAGGAGCGGGGCUCGUUUUGCUGACCGCCGUGUCCCUGCUGCGGGCCGUGCGGGGCCAGUGCCUGGCUCAGAGGCCGCGGCAGCUCGGGCUUUGAACCGGCAACUCUGCAGCGGAGCCGGGAGGAAGAUCCAGACCUUCACGGUGGACCCGGACCUGGAGGAGCAGUUCGUGUUCGAGGACUGCUCAGAUCCGGAGGAGAAAGACCUCUAUGAGCUGAGCCUCUCUGCUGGACCUGGACCUGCUCCUGGACCUGCUCCUGCUCCUGCUCCUGGACCUGCUCCUGGACCUGCUCCUGGACCUGCUCCUGGACCUGCUCCUGCUCCUGGACCUGCUCCUGGACCUGCUCCUGCUCCUGGACCUGCUCCUGGACCUGCUCCUGGACCUGCUCCUGGACCUGGACCUGCUCGGACACCCCUGAGGUCUCUGGAGCGCCAGCUGCAGGCGUUGAUGGGCGUGGCCCAGCAGGAGGCGGAGCCGGACUCGUUGAUCCAGUUCCAGGACGUGGGCUUCCCUCUGGAGGCCGUCACGGCGUCGCAGAAGAAGAAGAAGAAGAAGAAUCCUCCGGCGGCCCGCGGCGAGCACAAAGUGUUCGGCAGCCCCGACGCGGACGAGCCGGCGAGCGGCACCGGCUGCUCGGGCUGCGGCGCCCUGCUGCACUGCACCGCCGCCGCCGUGCCGGGCUACCUGCCCAGCGAGAAGUACAAGGUGCUGCUGCGGGAGGGGCAGCUAGGGGGCGCCACCUGCCAGCGCUGCCACCUGCUGACGCACCACCGCAAGAGCCUGAGCCUCGCCAUGAGCGCGGAGCAGUACCGGGCCGUGGUGAGCCGGAUCCGGCCCCUCGAGGCCCUGGUGCUGCUCGUCGUGGACCUGCUGGACGUCCCCGACUCCGUGCUGCCCGACCUCGCCGAGCUGGUGGGCGCCAACAAGCGCGUGGUCGUCCUCGGCAACAAGAUCGACCUGCUGCCCGGCGACUCGCCCGACUACCUGCAGCGAAUCAAGGGGCGGCUCGCCGGGUACUGCCGGGACGCCGGCUUCGGGGACCAGGUGACCGACGUGCACCUCAUCAGCGCCAAGACCGGCUACGGCGUGGAGGCGCUGGUGUCCAGCCUGCAGCGCGGCCGGCGCCACAAGGGGGACGUCUACCUGGUGGGCCGCGCCAACGCCGGCAAGUCCACGCUCUUCAACGCGCUGCUGGAGUCCGACUACUGCAAGUCCAGGGCCACGGACCUCGUGCACAAGGCCACCAUCUCGCCCUGGCCCGGGACCACUCUGAACCUGCUGAAGUUCCCCAUCAUCAACCCGACCCCCUCCAGGAUGCUCCGGCGGGCCGCGCGGCUGAAGGAGGCGUCGGGACAGACGGACAGAGAGCUGCCGGAGGACGAGCUGAGGCUCCUGAGACGCCUCAGCAGGAGGGGCUACCUCGUGGCGACCUCUGAAGCCUCCUCCUCGGAGCUGAAGGGUUAUGUCUGA